UGUAUUUUAACGCGCGAUAUUCCAACCAAUCAGAACAUGAAUGGACCGCCAGAGAAGAUAUUCGCGAAAUCCCGGCAUCCAGUUCCGGUCAAGCCGUCGCCUUUGACGAACGUUCAAUCAUUUUUUUCCUGUAAUCUCCAAUUAUUUUAUUCUGUUAAAUAUGGAACUCAACUGGCUUCUGUGCAACAAAUGUUUUGUUCACUUGAAAGAGGCGAAAUCUCCAUUCUCAAUGACCCAAUGUGGUCACUUGUUCUGCAGAAAAUGCAUCGCCAAAGUUGGAGAUCACUGUCCCAUUUGCAAUGCAAAUGGCGUCGAAUCUAUAUGUCUCACAACACCACUUCAGCCUAUGAUCGUCCCCAUGUUUGAGGAUAUUCAUAGUGUGGCAGAGAAAUUGGUAUUGGCUGCGAAAUUCCAGAAGUAUCAAUUGAGUAUUCUCACGCAUCGUGAACAGGAGUUGGCUAAAAAGUACUUGGCACUCAAGACUGCGUACUGGCAAGUUACCAAACAAAUUGAGAAGGUGAAUCAGGAGUACAACGCAGUGAAAAGAGACUGUGCUGACUUAAUCGCUCAAAACAACGCUCGAGAUCACGAAUUUUACAAGGACUCAGCGAGAAAUGCUCGAGUAACAUUUUCUAGGCAGAAUGCCAUAUUUGGGAAGAAUCAGCCAGAGCCACACCACAUGUUUCGUCCAGGAUCUGGCAACGAUUCUGAAGAUUCAGAUGUUUCAGGCUCUACUAUUCGAGGAUUGCAUCCUCCAAGUGGACCUGAAGGUAUAUUCCGUGUACCAAUAGUUCCGAGAGUCCCCAGAUCCAUUGCUUCCACUGCAAGUUCCAGACUCUCGACACCAAUGUCACUUGAUUAUGAUCAAAGUGGACGGGGUUAUGGCAGUGAUACAAGUGCUUACUUCAGACGUUGAAGUGAAGACUGAGAGAAUUCAGGCAAAUAUUCAAUUAUCCCUUUCACUCACCUUUUCUCAGACAUUUCCAUUUCUUCUUAUCAUUUGAUAUUGAUCAACAAGUAUGUUGGUCGAGUUAUAAAUAAUAUCUAGUGAAUAAUAAUUCCAGAAUUAUUUUUCACGUGAUCAGUGUUUGUAGAUUUUUUU